GGCAGUGAAACGUUAGUCUAUAUAUAGAAAAAGGGAAGAAAAACAGAUGCUAAAACGCCUUUAUUGUUGUCCGAAAUCAAGUGAAUUUGUGUGGCCACUGCGAGAGAGAAACCAGUAACGGUCUAUCGAUAGUCAAGGGCCCAGCUGAUGCGUGUUGAUUUAUAACUGUAAAUAUUCGUAUCAGGAGGAGAGGAAUUACCCCUGGCACUUGAAUUUCGUUAGAUUAGUCAUGUACGUCGUGGGCCAAAGUCUUGCGCCGUGGUUAUCUCUCUGCUGCUUUAAGUGAUUGCGCCGCAGUGAUUGGAUCCAUUUCCUCCUCCUCGUUAGAAAACCACGCGCUCCCCCGCAAACCUUUUUCUAAUUGCCCAACGAUAACGAGUUGCACAAAUAAACACACAAACAACCAACAGGCAGGGCACGGGUUAAUGGAUUUUCUGUUUACGCCCGGGGAUUCGGAUCGAGAGUGAUAAGCUAAGCCAGCAGGGAAUCUCAGUGAAAGGCCAGUCAUGUCCACAAACGGAUCAGCAGCAGGAGCAGCAAAGCCCAUCGACAUUAGCGUUCGGCUGCCGCCCCAUGAGCGCCUCGCCUCGCUGGACAAGAGCAUGCCACCGGCAUCGCCCACGCUGCCCAGUCCCACCAUUCGGCGGAACAAGAGCGAUGGCAAGCUGAUGGCCCAGGAUGUGAAGGAGGCGCGAGUGAAGGUCAUCUACACGGGCGGCACCAUUGGCAUGGUGCGAAACGAUCGGAAUGUGCUUGCACCCAUACCCAACGCCCUAGUCCGCAGCAUUCGCAGCUAUCCAAACAUCCAUGACGAGGCCUACGCGCUGCGUCGCUUUGGAGCUUCGGCCUCGAUGGCUCCUUUGGUUCUGCCCUUUGUCCAGGGCCUGGACCGUAGGAUUCUCUACCAGAUCACAGAAUACACGCCGCUGCUGGACAGCAGCAAUAUGACGAUGAAUGACUGGGCGCGCAUAGCCAGCGAUAUACAGCAAUCGUACGAGUUCUUCGAUGGAUUCGUGGUGCUCCAUGGCACCGAUACGCUGUCCUAUACCGCCUCGGCCCUGUCUUUCAUGCUGGAGAAUCUCGGCAAGACGGUGAUCAUCACGGGCUCCCAGAUACCGAUCUUUGAGACGCGCACCGAUGGCAAGGACAACUUCACCUCGGCGCUGAUCAUAGCCGGCAACUAUGUGAUACCCGAGGUGUGCAUCUUCUUUGGCCACAAACUGAUGCGCGGCAAUCGGACGGUGAAGGUCAGCUCGAAUGCCCUGGACGCCUUCGAUUCGCCGAAUGUGCCGCCGCUGGCCACGAUCGGCAUCGAUGUGAAUGUGGACUACCGCAUGAUCUUCCGGCCGUGCAGCAUCGAGCGGUUUUGCGUUCACCUGAAGCUGGACGAGAAUGUGGGUCUGUUGCGCAUCUUCCCCAGCAUUUCGCUGGCCACCUUCCGAGCCUUCCUGGCGCCGCCGCUCAAGGGUGUCGUCCUGCAGUCCUUUGGCUCCGGCAAUAUCCCAUCGAACCGCAAGGAUCUGAUUGAUGAACUGCGGGCAGCCGACGAGCGUGGAGUCAUCAUCAUCAAUUGUACCCAAUGCCCCAAUGGCUCGGUGGCGGAAAUCUACGACACGGGCAAGGUCCUGUGCGAUGUGGGCGUGAUUCCCGGCUACGAUAUGACCCCGGAGGCGGCGCUAUCCAAGCUGGCCUAUGUCAUUGGCAAGGAGGAGUGGCCGCUGGAGGUCAAGAAGCAGAUGAUGCAAUCGAAUCUACGAGGCGAACUGACCGCCGUGACGGCUCCCAAGAUGGAGGACUAUGAUCUGGUGGACGCUGUGGCCCGUUCCCUGCAUUUGUCCUCGCCCCAGGAGCUGGACCAGCUGGGUGCCACCCUCUUUCCGGCCAUGGUCAAUGCCGCCGUCGAAGAGGGCGACCUAAAGAAGAUCAACAACCUGAAGGCCUAUGGUGCCGAUCUGUCCGGGACGAAUCAUGACCAGCGGACGGCUUUGCAUCUGGCCUGCCAGUUGGGCAGCGUGGAGAUUGUCAAGUAUCUGCUGCACAACGGCGUCUCGGUGCAUGCCCGCGAUCGCUACGAUCGGACACCGCUCCUGGAGGCGGUGUCCACCGAUAGCCACGAGAUCAUCCAGCUGCUGAUCAACUGUGGCGCCCAUUUGACCGGCUCUUCGCGUGCCGUCGGCGAGCAGCUGUGCGCGGCAGCGGCUCGGGGUUCGCUGGUCCGCCUGAAGUCGUAUCAAUAUGCUGGCGCCGAUCUUGCCCAGGCGGAUCCCUCGGGACGGACGGUGUUGCAUGUGGCGGCCCUGCAUGGCCAUCCGGAGGUGGUGGAGUAUGUCCUGCCGUAUUUCGAGAAUCCCCAAGAGAAGGACAUGCUGGGGCUGAGUGCCUGGGAUUAUGCGGAGCGAGGUGGUGGUCAUCCGGCGGUCAUGGAGCUGCUCAAAAGCAGGGAAUAAUGUUUACUUUGAAUUGGAAAGUCUCCUGUUUUGUAAAGAUUCUUUUUUUAAAGGUUGUUACUUAUGUUUUGAGCAUCUAGUCUGAAGGUUCCUCAACUUGUUAUAUGUAUACUCCUCCGUACUGUAUUGUGUAUUAAUCUUUAAAAGUAGCUUAAAUGUGUUUAAUUGUUUAAUUAACUCAGGCCCAUGUUGAUUUUUGUGUUGAUAUUCAAGUUACAGAUGAAGCAUUUGUAUUUCUCAUAUGAAAUAAUACAUAAACUUGUAUUUUGAAACAGGUGACCUUUGCCUAAACUUAAAAAUAAAGGAAACAACGAAUAAAUACCUUAAA